GUUUUUUGAUAAUAAACCUCUCACAUAAGAAUGCAAAUCUCUCACUUUACUAAUUUUUUAUGCAAUUUUAUGAUUCACGUAUCGAUUUUGAUUUUUUCGGAAGCAAAAUAUGUCGGAAGAUGCUGCAGACGGUAUUAAUUCCCAACGUAUGGAGAUUGAUAAUGGCUUCGACUUGUCAAAUAAUGGCGAAUUAAGUGAAAAUGAGAAUUCGAUUAAUGUGUCACAAGGUGACAAAGAAUCACAAGAUAAUUUUACUUUUGAAGAAAACGAUUUAUUUCAUUUUCUUAAUUCCACUUUAGAAGGUCAGAUAGUUUUAAGGAAAUAUAAAAUUACUGGUAAUCUCGAUUAUGUCAGACUUAAAGAUUUGAUAAUUAUGAGGGAGAUAAAAAAAGAUCCUAUUAACUAUUCAAUAAAAAGAAGAAGGUUUAUUGAAUUAAAAGAGCAAUUAGAACAAUUGUUUCCUACAGAAGAUUCUAGCUUAUUUUAUAUUCCGAGCAGCGAAACUGCGGAUAAAGAAUCUAUGAGUGCCAGAGGGUGUUUAUACAAUUAUUAUAAAAUAAUCAGGAAAGAGUUGCGUGACGUGAGACUCUUAUCCAAAUCGCAAAAUAAGAAUUCUUCUUCUGAUAACGUCAGUUCUGUCUGUAAGAUGGAAGAUUUUUUAAUUUGUUUUUUAAAAAUGUUUUUUAAUAUUGAAGUAUUUUAUGUUAUUCCGUUGUGUGUGUAUAUAUAUAGGUAUUCAAACUAGUGAUUUCGAAUCUUUGACAAGUCAAAAUGGAGAGGCAUAUUCUAUUGCAAAGGUUACCAAAAAUUGGGAGGAAACAUACAGUCAUCGUAUGAAGCUGCUUGUCUCACAUUCAAAAAAAAACUCCACACCUUUAGAAGUGUAUUUUAAAACAUUUCCGCGACUCAAAUCUCCACUUGGCUUA